CUUGUUUCCGGUGGGUAGAGAGGAGGCGGAAGUGAAGCGGAAGUGGCCUUGGGAAAGCGCCGGGAGUGAGCGACUGGAGUCAUGGAAGAAUGAGCGCGCCCCCUGCCCUGCUGCUCUAGGGCGCCAUGGAGACCGUGCAGCUGCGCAACCCGCGCCGGCAGCUGAAGAAAUUAGAUGAAGAUAGUUUGACUAAGCAGCCAGAAGAAGUAUUUGAUGUACUGGAGAAGCUGGGAGAAGGAUCCUAUGGCAGUGUAUUCAAAGCUAUUCAUAAAGAAACAGGUCAAAUUGUUGCAAUUAAACAGGUUCCUGUUGAGUCUGACCUGCAGGAGAUCAUAAAGGAAAUAUCCAUAAUGCAGCAAUGUGAUAGUCCCCAUGUAGUCAAGUAUUAUGGCAGCUAUUUUAAGAACACGGACCUGUGGAUAGUCAUGGAGUACUGUGGAGCUGGAUCUGUGUCUGAUAUAAUUCGAUUACGAAAUAAAACAUUGACAGAAGAGGAAAUAGCUACAAUAGUACAAGCAACCCUCAAAGGACUAGAAUAUCUGCAUUUUAUGAGGAAAAUACACAGAGAUAUCAAAGCUGGAAAUAUAUUACUAAAUACAGAAGGACAUGCUAAACUUGCAGAUUUUGGGGUAGCAGGCCAACUUACAGAUACCAUGGCAAAACGGAACACAGUUAUAGGAACCCCAUUUUGGAUGGCUCCAGAAGUGAUCCAAGAAAUAGGGUAUAACUGUGUAGCAGAUAUCUGGUCACUGGGAAUCACUUCAAUAGAAAUGGCUGAAGGAAAACCACCAUAUGCAGAUAUUCAUCCAAUGAGGGCAAUUUUCAUGAUUCCUACAAAUCCUCCUCCAACAUUCCGGAAGCCGGAAGUCUGGUCAGACAGCUUUACAGACUUUGUAAAACAGUGUCUUGUGAAAAGUCCUGAACAAAGAGCCACUGCCACACAGCUUCUCCAGCAUCCAUUUGUUAAAAGUGCCAAAGGAGCGUCAAUCCUGCGGGACUUGAUUAAUGAAGCAAUGGAUGUGAAGCUGAAACGUCAGGAAGCACAACAGCGUGAAUUGGAUCAAGAUGAUGAGGAAAAUUCAGAAGAAGAUGAAACAGAUUCAGGUACCAUGGUCCGGACAAGUGGAGAUGAGACUGGUACUAUAAGAGCUGCCAGUACAAUGAGUGAUGGAGCCAAUACCAUGAUAGAACAUGAUGGAACGCUGGAAUCCCAGCUGGGUACAAUGGUAAUAAAUACGGAAGAAGAGGAAGAAGAGGGGACCAUGAAGAGGAGGGAUGAAACGAUGCAGCCAGCCAAACCAUCAUUCUUGGAAUAUUUUGAACAAAAAGAAAAGGAGAAUCAGAUCAAUAGCUUUGGGAAGAAUGCAUCUGGCCAGACAAAAAAUUCCUCUGAUUGGAAGGUACCACAGGAUGGAGACUACGAAUGUUUAAAGAGCUGGGGCGUAGAGGAACUUCAGAAGAGACUCUCAGCACUCGAUCCCAUGAUGGAACAGGAAAUUGAAGAGAUUCGCCAGAAGUAUCAGUCUAAACGGCAGCCAAUCCUUGAUGCCAUCGAAGCCAAGAAACGUCGGCAACAGAACUUUUGAGAGCGCCACUGGUAGAAUAAAUGUCCACCCUCUGAAACAAUCAGAACCUUGCUUUUAUGACUACUACGCAGAUUGAUUUCUAUUGAAAUGUGUUAGCAAAGUAAGGAGCAAAACUUCUGCUCACUUAUUUUUCCAUAGCACCUUUCUGAACUCAGGAAUGCCAUUAAGUGGGACAUCCUGAUGGAUGGAUAAUGGUAUGUUUUAAUGUUGGAUAUAUUUAAAAUAGAAAGUGUAUUAUUUCAGUUGUUACUGUUUUUAGAUUAAACUUGUUUUAAAGCAGGGGAACAGAUACAAAUAAGACUAAUGUUGGUUCAUUUUCUUAAUGUAACUUUCAGUAGUCCAUUUUCUUCCUUUUGAAUGUAAUAUGUACUGUGGUGUUUAACGGCUGCAUCUCUUUUUUUUGUACAGGCUCAGUUUCAAACAUUUUAACUGUGUCUUACUACUGUUAAGGUACCGUGGAAAGUGUUAGCAAAUUGGAGAGGUCACUGAAAAGAGUAGACAAGAAGAUGCAGAAACUAUUCCCAUCUUUGGAAAGGAACAAAUUUUACUUUUAAAAAGCCUGUAAUAAGCCCCAUGCCUUACCCUGUGCGCUUUAAGCAAGUGUUUUUUGAGCCCGUAGCUUUGUCUUGUGUGUACUGUAUAAAUUAAUACUGGUAGAUUAAGCAUGUUGCUGUGCUUCCAUCAAAUGCUAUUCUGCAGUUUAAAAGCCUCACUGACUUAAACCAAAAACCAAGCAGAGUUCCAAUGUAAAACACAGCAGAUGCUCCUUCAUCUGCAUCCUGGGAAAUAUCCUUCAUUUAGUUCCUACUAGCAUUGGAGUGCUAAAAAGUUGUGUGUGAACCCUCUCUUGGGAAAUUAGAUAGUUUUUGCUCCACGAAGGAGAGGAUUUAAAAAUAUUUCACUAAUUAUGGUGAUUUACAGGGGUUUAAAAUUUCAAGCUUCCAUCUUUAGAUGAAAAAUUAAUUGCAUAAUGUUUUACUUAGAGGUCAAGUACAGCAGAAAAGCUAAGCUGAAAAUAAAGAUAGGUUACGCAAAAGAUUAAACAACAAUAUAUUGACGCCAGAUGAGUUGGGCGACUGAAGUUCCAACUUAACCUGUUCUGCAUUUAAUAUGGCUAAGAUCAACCUCUUCCAGUUUUUCUUAACACACUGAUAAAUAGUGUGUUUUCUGUCUGGGAUAACUAUGUAAAGUCUGCCUUUUUCAUGGUAUUAACGGGUUGUGGAAAAUCACCAGACUGUGCAUUUACCGUCAGUGUGAGUCAAGUUACCUUGAAAUGAUUUGAUAAACUUACACUGACAUGAUAAAGAGCAAAACAGAAAAAGUAAUCCAGGUAUCUCCAGUUAUAGAUGCAGAGACCUAACAGUGAGUGUGCUGUGCAUUGGCAGCAGUAGAGCAAAGCUAAUGUUGGAUUCGAUUUUAGGAUCCCCUUGUAGUUGUAUCUAGUUAUUCCGCAUAAGAUGAAAUGUUUGUAAAGAGCAACUAUGUCAAUUAUUUUCUUUCUCUGAUAGAGGGACUAUUUUCAUGUCAUCCUUCUGAAACGGACCUUGGUACGACACACACAAUUAAAUAUCAAUGUCUCCUGAAAUCAAAUGCGUCUAGUAACAAGAGAGGUUCCUGUCAUAGCUGGUAGAAGCAUUAUAGUUUUAGACCCGUUGUUUCUUGGGAUUGUACCCUCAGCUGCUGUAAAUCAGUGAGCUCCGUUGGCAUAGAAGGAGUCAUGCCAAUUUACACCCCUGAGGAUCUGGCUUUUAACAUCUUCAGUUUAUUCCUCAGCUGCAAAUAGAGCUAUUAUAACUGACUGCAAGAGCUCAGCAGCCUAGUCAGGCAGACUCUGAAAAGAAAGGGAGGCAGUCGGCAAUGUGUUCUGGUACAACAUGGGAACAAUAUUCCAUGUGUACCCACAUUAACCAGCUGUGGGGAAGUCAUGACUUUGAUAGCCUCUAAUAUUGCAAAAGUUUCUAGCAUGAAGAUCUUGAAAGAAACCAAGUAAAUUGAGUUAAAAAUCACUUCCACAGCACAAGCUAAAUAAUUUAAACCUCUGUUUUUGUUAGUAGAUGACAAUCUCUUAGCAAUAAGAAUCUGGCAAUUUAAAUGAACCAUGCAGGCUAGUAAGCGCCUGUGUUGACAAUACAGCACACUAAUAAUGCUGGACACAAACAAACCAUCUGCAGUACUUAUUAAAAAUUCAUCCAAUGUGUGUGUUUUCUCACUUAAAAAUAUUUAUUAAAGAUGCUCAAAUGUUUUUUUAGGGCUAGUGUUCAUUACAUUCCCUUGCUUAAAUGAAGCUUCCAGUAACAAGAUGCAAUUUUUUAAUUUUAAAUACUGGAUCAUGGCUUAGUUACUUCUAGUACAUACGGAUUUUGCCUCUAGCAUGAUGCACAUGUACAAUAUGAGUGACUUGGUAGCAAGCUAAGUGCAUUGCUUACAUGUCAAGAAGACCAUUCUGUUAGGAAUGGUUUGUCUUUAUACCAUAUUUACCACUGAUAGACAAAACUUCUUUUAGCAACAGGAAGACAUUGAGAAGCCCAUGUUUUACUUAAAACACCUAAGUUGGGUGCUUGACUUCAAUUUUCACUUUACGGAGUGCAUAACUUGAUUGCUAUAAUUGGUGCUUACAGCCUAAUAUAGUGUUAGUGAAAUAACUUUCAAAUAUUUGGGUUCUUUUGCUGUGAUUUUUUUCAUAGCCAACCAUUUCAGUGAAAGUAAGAAGUGGUCCAAUGGUUUAAUUUUCUCUUAAAUCUGCCUUUAAUGCCCUUAAGAGUUGAGGCCUACAACUAGAUUUGCUACUCUGAGUUUGAACAAAAAUGGGAAUUUUUUCACCGUCAAGAAUUUGUAAUCUUAACUAGAGAAAACAUUUCCCUUUUCAGAUCCCCUGCAGGAGCCUCUCCUAUGCUCACUCCUUAAAUUCCUCCAGCUUGUGACAACUGAGGCUUAUAUCCUGAGGGAAGGCAAUUCAGGCAACGUUUUUAAGCAAUAUGUUCAUUUAAUUGUAAAAUUAUAUUCACCUGCUUUAUGGGUCCAUAUGCAUUACUGAAAAGUGUUCUGGACAAACUGUCAUCUUCACUUUCCAACCUGCAAAGAUGCUGAUGAUGUCAGUUACGUGAGACUUAAUAAUGUGAAGUUUGUAGCUUUAACUUUUUGUAACAAAUUAGUGACACUGGCAUAAAGUGCUGACUUGAAAUGCUAUUUUGUAAGAGCUGACUGUUUGUAUAUAUUAGUAUUGUCAUUAGUUUGUAUAUGUAUGAAAUAGUGACUUAUUGCAUUUCCUUAAAGUUUGAUACAGGAGAUCUUGUUUGAAUGAUCUUGCUCAAAUAUCUUGCCUUAUUUGUUCAAAAUGACAAAUAAACUGCCCUACAUGAAAGUCA